CAGAAAGCUUCAACAGUUCGUUUCCAACAUGGCCGAAGAUGAGUGAGUGAAGUGCGACAGGAGCGAAGGAAUAUAUUCAUCUGUUAUUCCUAAUCAAAGAGCGGUAUUGAAUGUAGUUUUUUUUGUGAGUGGAAUUUUAGUGUGUGUUAUUGAGUGACAGAACUUAUAAAUCCUUUAAUACAUACAGUGCGCCGGGGCAACAGCUGUCAAAAUGGCGGAACUCAACCCUAAUGAAACGCACACAAACGGGAUAAGCGAGGAAAGGAAAUUUCUUUGUGGUGUCGUUGAAGGAUUUUAUGGCCGUCCAUGGACUCCAGAGCAGCGCAAAGAUCUUUUUUCCAAACAGGAGAAGUGGGGCAUGAACUGCUACCUGUAUGCCCCCAAAGACGAUUACAAGCACAGAGCGUACUGGCGGGAGCUGUACACGGUCGAGGAGGCGGAGCAUCUACAGGCUCUCAUCACUGAAGCUCGCAGCAACAAUAUAGUCUUCUAUUAUGCCAUCUCACCUGGCCUUGAUAUUGCUUACUCUAGUCAAAAGGAAAUAGCUGCCCUCAAAAGAAAACUUGAACAGGUCCAGCAACUAGGUUGCGGUGCCUUUGCUCUUCUCUUUGAUGACAUAGACCCCGAGAUGAGUGGUGCAGACAAGGAAGUCUACCAGUCAUUUGCUCAUGCUCAAGUUUCUGUUGCCAAUGAAGUCUACGGACAUCUCAAUCAGCCCAAAUUUAUGUUCUGCCCGACCCAAUAUUGCUCAACAAGAGCUGUGCCAACGGUUCAAACGUCUGAAUAUCUCAACACAUUGGGCUCCAAGCUUGCUCCUGAGAUUGACAUCAUGUGGACUGGGCCCAAAGUAAUCAGUAAGGUGCUGACCGUGGAGCACAUCAGGGAGGUGAGUGCUGUUCUCAGACGACCCCCUGUCAUCUGGGAUAACCUUCACGCCAACGACUACGAUCAGGCACGCGUCUUCAUGGGGCCCUUCUGUGGCCGUUCGCCUAGUCUAAUCCCUCUAUUGCGAGGUGUCUUCACUAAUCCUAAUUGCGAAUAUGGACCCAACUUCGUAGCAAUCAAUACCUUGUCCCAGUGGGCCAGAUCUGCGUCAGAAGAAAACUGCUGUGGUGACACAUCUGAACUCAAAGAUGACGCCAUCAGCGCUGACAUUCGCUUGGAGACCGAAGGCGACGACUCGAGCGUGAGCUAUUGUCCGUCUGGGCUUCCUCCCUCCACUUAUCACCCCAAACGUGCCCUCCGUCUCGCCCUCGAGGAGUGGCUGCCCGAGUUCAAUAAAUCUGUGCUCACAACAGGUCCCAUACAGCAGCCUCAGAUACCUCUUCCCGUUCCCAUCCCUAUCGUACCUUCGGUCAACACGUGCAUGAGCCUCACAUCAACCACAACCGUACCACCGUCUCUACCCACAAUCGUCAAUAACGUUAACGCUGUCGCUGAAGUUAUUCAAGAUGCGUCACUUAUCCCGAGCACUAAUAUAGUAAUGAACUCUUUAGUAUCCGAGACGAAAAUCGAUACGUUGUUGCCCGAGCAGCUUCCCGAGAUUGCUGCAGGGGCGAACACAGCGACUCAUGACGCUACCUCGAGCACGUCCAGCGCUGAGCCUAUGGACUGCAACCAUUCCCCCGUAGCGUCCCCAGCAGUUGGGUCCACUAGUACCGGUGCCGCCUCAGAAAGUGCGGAGGAUGGAAUGGUCGUCGACCAAAAUCAAGACAAAUCUGCUACCGAUGCCGAGUUUUCGCCCGCUGAUUCUUGUGCAGCUACGGAGACCUCGUCUAGUUCUCCUCAAACUAGCCACUGUCAAGAUAAUCCUUUAACUCUUGACGAUCUCCACUUACUAGUUGACCUAUUUUACUUGCCCUUUGAACAUGGCAGAAAAGGCGUCUCACUAAUGACCGAAUUUAAUUGGUUGAAAAGUAACUCUCAUCUCGUUAUAACUCACAAUCGGAACAAUCCUGAUGGUUCCAGGAAACCUGAGGUCCAAGAAUGGUUCGAUAAAGCUGCCAAGUUCGGCGAGAUGAGCGACGCCGUGAAGACCAUGACAGAGCGGCUGUUCCUCGUGCGUAACCGCUCUUUAUUAUACGAAUUGUACCCGUACGUGUGGGACAUGCGAGGCGUCGUAUCGCUCCUCAACUCCUACGUCCAGUGGCUGGCAUUGGGUCAGGUUUCAACUCUGGUCAGCAACUACGUUCACGGCAACUAUACCUGGUUCAGUAAAGGCUGGCGUGAAGCUUUCAUGUCUGGCGACCAGGAACCGUGGAUAUUCCGUGGCGGACUAACUGCAGAAUUACAGAGACUUAUCCCUGUGGACGCUUCGAACGAUUUGUUCAUGUAUAAAGCGCCUGAACAACUGCUCUGUAAGACGUACGUAAUUCGUCCCUACUUCGAUACGGACCGAGACGACCUCUACAAGCUCGUGAUGCAGACAGCCGAUGACGGCAAGGAUGGCUCACGGCUCUACGAGGCACAUGCUAAUUUAGCUGGAGAUGUUUUUGUGGGAAGUUUCCUGCGCGAAAAAGAAGACGAACGAAUAAUCAUGGUGGUUGAAGACGAGACUGGCGCUUUGUUUGGCUAUUGCUGUGCUGCCACCAACGCCCGGACGCACCGUCUGCUGCAGGCUCAGCAUCUCGUAGACCUGCGUGACCAGUACCCAAAGGUGGUUCGAGAAGAGGGCUCCAUGCUGACCUCGUGCGAGCAGCUGCUAGCCACUUUAUGGGACGAACCGCCACCUUUUCCUGCACCUUCUGUCACUCCUCCUGUCGCUAUGAGCCACAGCACAACUCCUAUUCUACCUGUUAUGCCUCCACCGAGCACCUCCAUUACUCCGCCUGAAUCUGAAGUAUCUUCUCUUUCUGUAACGACAAGUACAACAGUGACCGCUGCCCCUCUUCCUGUAUCUUUAUCAAUUACUUCUUCCUCUACUGAUGCUACAACAGCCGCAGUCAAACCACCCGUCACGGCGGAAGCUAUCAACGGCAUUGAUGUUAGUCUAGCAAACCCGGCCGAGACGAACGGGUCUCUGACUGCAGGAAGCACAGGAAUCUUGCCCAGCCUGGUGACGCCAGUGCCUGCGCCCACACCUGUUGGCGACCUCCUGCGCUACUACCCCGCCCUCAUCAAAGUCGCCAUGCUUCCCACUCUCAUGGACGAGAGCGUCACUAAGCGGCUCACGACUUGUCUUCUUGCUAGUCUCAGAGCCAAAGGUGGUUUUGGCGGCCACGCAUGUUUGCCCGCCGUGGACAAGUGUUCCCUGGAGCUGUACAGCAAGCUGGGGUUCACGCAGAUAGGCAGCGUAGGCGACCAAGUGUACCUGGCCCGCUCCUUCUGACCGCCUCCGUCCCAGUGCCGCCGCUCGCGAGUGUGUAGCAGCGAAGCCAACGCUAGCCUUGCGCUUUGUCUUGUUCCUUCAUAGCGCCUCUUCUGCUCACUCGCUCUGGAAUAUAGUGAAACUAGCUCUCUUGAAUUCUCUUUUGUUUGAUCAAUCAACACCAAACUUCUAUGGUGGUAUUUCAUAGUGGAUAACCAUCGUAUUUUAUCGAAUCUAAACCAGGUCACAGGAGGCUAACUUCAGAAAACCCACUGAAUGGUCGCUAUGUGCUGUAAAAGUUAGCGUCUGUAUUUCGUUGUGUUCAACGAGAGUAUCCAGUCCAGUGAAUGCUUCAAAAUUCUUAAUUAUUAUGGUCGUGAUUACUAACUCAUUCGCCCUCCUCGGCGAAAUAGUGAAACGGGUUUUGAUGUAGACAGCAAUGAGGUCUAUUUACAGUGAAAAGUCCUUUUACCGUGUAAAAUUUCUUUAUAUUACCAGACUUCUUCAUUGUAGAGAUUGUAAUGCAAAUUUAGGAAUUUCUUGCAGUGCAGACUAUCUGCCAGGGAAGAGAAUUUCUCUAGUGAGGAGACUAUUCAUAGCUUUAUCCAUCCAUGCCAGAAGAAAUGUCUUUAUUCCGUGUUUACUGUAUUACUGUGCUCGUCUGAAUAUCAUUUGAUGCCAAUUGUUCUGAUCAUGUGGCGCUGUAUCCGUAAUUAUGCUUUUUAUUCACGAAAAAGUCGAAGGGAUUACAGUUGGAAUUUUUUUCUCCUAGGAAAUUAGCUUCAAAUAUGUUACGUAAAAUACCUAUUACGAUUAUUUUUCUGUUGGCUUGAUGCUUGCAAACUUUGACAAUCUUGCUGAUAGCCUAGCGCACGUCAUUCAAGUUGAGUGGCACGCAUAGCAAGAGAGACAUUCUAGCGGGAAGGCCAAGUCUAUACGAGUAAGUAACCUCAUGACCGAGAGAGUUCCUACAGGAGCGGCCGCGUUUGCGAAGGGCAGUGCAAUAGCUUCUUUCGGGUGCCAAGCAUAUGUGGUCCUAAGAUAUUUACUAGUAAUGAUAUAUUUCUGAGGAAUAUCAUUUACCGCUUCUGUCGCAACUUUGACUUUACCGCGAAUGACUUUUCUAUAUUUAUUGCGUUUUUUUUGCUGAUGAAUGAUGCAUAAUGCUUAGUAUUUUACGAAUGAUGCUGUGCGGAUCUGGAGAGUACUCUACGUUGUCGUAAUGAUUUCCUUAAAAAGAAAUGCACGGUCUAUUUCUGACGUUUCGUUCAGACGGGGCUUGAUUUUACCGCCGCAAAUCGGUUAGCGAAUGUGCGCGUCAUUUAGAGCUCCGCCGUGAAUUGUCAGGAUCCAUUACCAUACUUCGGUGCGCCUGGCAAGCAUUGAGCACAUUAGCGCCGGUAAGGAAAUAGUAUAUGUAUUUUCAAUUCUUCCAUAAAGACAUUGGUAAUAAAGAUUAUUUGAGUUUUCAUUUUUUAACUCGAAGCUUGAAAUUAUAUUUUAAUAGUUUUCUCAACCAAGAUGCAUUUUUCGUAUAUUUUGCUUUCAGAGGUACGUUAGCCUGGGAUUUUAAUUGUUCGAGUGUUUGAGUUUUCCAUUUUAACAUUCACUUUUAAUCCUAUUUCUUGAGUUGAGCUGUGAAGGCAGUUCUAUUCAUAUGUUGGGCUGCAGAAUGUAUCUUUUCUCGAGGUAGACGGUAGCGAACCGUUCAUUUAAAUUGAAGAAAUGUAAAAUGAAGUGCUUUCUGUUCCAAUAACUCUUUCGUUGUGGACAAUUAUUUUCCAUCAUUCAAGAUUUCUUUAGGAUUAAGCCUUUUACUAACGAUACUUCCACGUUCGUUUGCAGUAUAUCCUCGUUUAAGCCGAGGGAGGCGCAGAAUUACUCGGAACCAAGUUGCUUCUGAAUGGUAUAUUCGGAAACUUUGUUCGGUUUCACCGGUGCUACUCGAUAUAUUUCUGUAUCCCUGAUACUAAGUUAACAGUCAAUGGCUUUGUAAUUUGGUCCGUGUGGUGAGGUUUCAAAUUAAUCUGAUUUAAAUGUUCUUAACGUUGCAAUUUUCUCAGGAAUGCGAUGUCCUGAAGGCAAAGAAGCAGGAUCUCGCUAAUUCCCUCCAAAAGUGUUCCGAUUGUUUCUUAUGCAUAACUUUUUUAUUUAAGAAAGCGAAGGAUACUACACGGGAAUUGGAAUUAUUUGCUGUUGUACGAUCGAGAGCUGAUUAGAGGUGUCCGUAGAUGAGCUGUUCUAAGUUCAUCUUUUUGUGCGCGCAUCAUUCCCGCCUAAUUGUUGUAUUGUUUUGAAUACAUUGAGAAUUCGUAUUAAACGUUAUAUUC